CAGCUUUCAACAGCACACAAGCUUUAUAUACACUUAAACUGAAAGUCCUGGAGAAAGGAGGACGUGACAGAAGGAGAUCUGGUUUGGGUCCGAGUGAAUGUUGAGAGAUGAAUAUACUCAUUUUUGUUUUGCUCCUAACGUUUACAAUAGAGACCAAAGGGGAAAAUAACAAUGCUACCACUGUGGUGUCAACCUCAGAUAAUGGCUCAGCUUCAGACAGUUCAUUCUCCUUUAAAGCGAUCUCUUUCACCUCCACUGAGAGUCAUGCAUAUAGCGCAACCAACACCUUAAAUUCAACAAGUAGUUCGGUCAGUGAAACCUUUACCUUCACUUCCUCCUCUAAGAUGAAUGCAACCACUUCAUAUAACACCAGUAAAGGAACUGAACAACCAAUGAUCCCCUAUUUCUCAGAAGAUCCCCUAAAUUACUUGGACUUCAGGACAGUUCUCAUAUUUAUGCUGGGAGUGAUUUUUUCUACAGUUAUUUUCUCUGUCGUGUUGUGCGUUGUGAGUGUCUGCAUCAGAUGCAGAAAAACAGAUGCAAACACUGACAAAGAAGGCAUUAUCUUAGAGGCUGUUAAAAGUGAACAUGACCAAUCAGUGAUGCAGUCUGAUGAACACCAGGCAGAUGAACAGGCCCCUCUUCAAGUACAUUCUCCUGUCUCCUCAAACACAUCUGCAUUAAAUGGUGGGACUGAUGAGGAGAUGAAGAUCUUAGGAAAGGAGCAGACCGAAGGAAUAGGAGUAGUAAAUGAACUUGAUUAUGCCUCUAUCAACUAUUCACUGUUACAGAAAAAAGAUGAUGGUGGCUCGAUGCCACAAAAAGUGGAGAGUGAUUAUGCAGAGAUUCAGCUUAAAAAGCCGAGUGAAGGAGCAAAAGUUGAGACCUUGUCUGAUGGAGAGAGGCAGGAUGAACUGAAGCAGGAUGGAGUGGAUCAGGAUUUAGACAGUGAAAUGGUGAGCCAAAAGGAUGUGUAGUUAAGGGAAAUUAAGUUUUAAAGAAGUACUCAUGGUUUACAGUACAGAAGGACAGUGAGAGUGACAUUUUUAUUGUGAAUGAUUGAUUGUGUGAAGAUUUAGCUAUUUAUGUUUUCAGUCACAUUACUGUACAUGUGCCCCAAAUGCAGCAUAAAGAUUUGCAUUGCUAAUAUGUCGACCAGAUCUUUUUUUGUUUGUUUGUUUCUUUUCUGCUUUUCCUCAACACUGAGCAACCCACUUCCCCUAUUUUUAAACCAUUUACAUAUAUCCUGUUGAAGGUCUUGAAUUUAGCAGAGUUGAGCAACUGUUUCCUCCAGGUUAAAACUAGACAAAAAAAAAAAAUAAUAGCGGACUCUAAUAUAUAGCAGUAUUAAAAACCAUUUAAAAAAACUAAAGAAUACAAUGUUACUUUUAAAAUCAUAGAAUCAUUGCAGGUCUAGAACAAUUUUAAAUUGGUUUUAAAUGUUUUAUACUGUAAAUAUUUACUUGUCAUGUCUUGUUUAUGAAGAAUUCACUGAUGAUUGUGAGCAUUUGAAUUGCAUAAAAUAAAGCAACACUUUUAUAAACUGAA